UUAAUUCCCAUUCACCGCUAGAUUUCCGUUGAUCGAUAUACGAUUUUCCACACGGCACGCUGCGCGUAGUCGUGUUUAUUUACGUCAAUCUCGAAAGUCACUGACAAUCGCAACCUAAUUUUUACUAUGCUACGGAGAUCAGAGACGUAACCUAAGAAGAUGCCAAGUGUCAUUAGUCCGUAGACUUCGAGGAGAUUCAUAAUAUUUUUUUUUUGUACGAGAAAGUUAUAUCACUGAGUUGACAUUAUUGCGUUAUACAUUGCGUAACUUAUACACGUCAUAAAUUCUAAAACAACGACACAUGUCGAUGGUGAUAGAAUUAUUUAAUAAGUUCAACGAGAGCCUGGGAUCAUACAUAUUUUCAAGAUGGAUUGGGAGGUUCAUAGAGGAAUAUCAAACGUCGAGGACGAUUUUCAUCAUUGCCACAAUUUUACUCCUUAUUUUUUUAAUUGCGUCGAUCUUCGUGGUACGAAAAUGGAAGAACAAAGAAUUUUUGCCGGAGGUGAAAGAGUUUGUUGGAGUGGGCACUGGGAAGCCGAGGUUCAGGAAGAGAGACAAGGUUCUCUUUUACGGCAGAAAGAUGUUGCGCAAAGUAAAGUCCAUUGGUGGUCAGGUGCACCCCACUGGACAAGGGAAGAAGAGACGAGCGGUCAUGAGAUUUGCUCGUCGAUUGUUACAACUUAAGAAGGACACUGCCCCGCAACAACUCAAGGUGUUGGAGCCACCGGCUGAAUAUCUGGAGGAAGAUCUGGGGCCUGGCGAGCGAGUACCACCAGAUGCUCUGUACAUGUUGCAAAGUAUUAGAGUUUUUGGCCACUUUGAAAAACCUGUAUUCCUGAAAUUAUGCAAGUACACGGAAAUCAUGACCUUACCUGCUGGCAGUACAUUGUUUAAAAUCGGAGACCCCGACGAGAACUUAUUUAUAGUACAGCAGGGUUUAGUCAAUGUAUAUAUCACUGGACCCGAUGGCUCUCAAAUAUCGUUAAAAGUGGUAAAAACAGGCGAGUCCGUUACCAGUCUUCUUAGCUUUACUGAUGUACUUACCGGGCAUACAAGUACAUACAAAACUGUAUCGGCAAGAGCUGUAGAAGAUUCUGUUGUAGUAAAGUUACCAAUGAGCGCAUUUCAAGAAGUGUUUCAAGAUUAUCCUGAUGCCUUUGUUCGAGUUAUCCAGGUCAUUAUGGUACGGUUGCAGAGAGUUACCUUCACUGCUUUGCAUCAAUAUCUCGGCCUUUCCGCGGAAUUAGUCAAUCAGGGAUCGCACAAGAAGAAACAGAGUCCGUUUUCCGGUUCGCCGGUACGAUCAAGAACCAGAGAGAACUUUGCCUCGCAAAACGUCGAGGGUAUAUACAGUACAUCGGAAGUGCACGAUAUCAGCGACGUUUCUCAACGUGAUGCACUUAAUUCAAGCAUUUCUCAACCUGUGCCCAUCCGACGGAAGAGCAAUGUCGAUUGGAAAAAUCAGGGCUCGGUAGAGAUGGUACCAGAAUGCGACUCUCACUGGGCAACACCACCUCACGCGGCAAUGUCUCAGUCCACACACGGAUCACAUCCAGAAUCCACUCAUUCGGGAAGUACUUAUUCCGGUAAAAAACGCCAGGUCAACGAAGCGGCGCAGCAACAGCAACAACAGCUGGAUGAAGCGCAGCUGGUACAGAUAGCCACUGACGCGUUCGUUCGUGAACUUGGCAUAGAGGACGAGACGGUGCUCAAAGACAAAGUGGAGAUCAGGGAAGUGCCGGCUGGUACUUAUCUGAUGAAAGAAGAAUCUCAUAAGGAUGUCGCACUCGUAUACGUGCUUUCGGGCUCGCUGAUAGUAAGCCAACGCGUAUCGGAAGGUCGAGACGCAGGCCAAGAAGUGCAUAUGUUUAGCGCUCAUCAGGGUGAAAUUGUCGGUGGUUUAGCAGUGCUAACCGGCGAACCAUCCUUUUACACAAUUAGAGCGAAGCAUUCUAGCCGUAUCGCGUUGCUCAGUAAAUUGACGUUCUUCGCUAUCAUGCGGGAACAACCUACAGUCGUGUUGCACGUGGCACAUACCGUCGUUCGCAGAUUAAGCCCUUUCGUGAGACAGGUGGAUUUCGCUCUCGACUGGUUGUUCCUUGAAAGCGGACGGGCCGUUUACAGACAAGGGGAUGAAUCGGAUUCGACAUUCAUUGUGUUGAGCGGACGAUUGCGGUCGGUAAUCACUUACAAAAACGGCAAAAAAGAACCGGUAGCAGAAUACGGAAAAGGUGACUUGGUAGGAAUCGUAGAGAUGGUCACGCAGACUCCAAGGUCGACGACAGUCAUGGCAGUCCGGGAUUCCGAGCUGGCGAAGCUACCGGAAGGUUUAUUCAACGUGAUCAAACUCAGAUAUCCAAUUGUCGUCACGAGAUUAAUCAAUCUUCUCGGUCAUCGCAUACUCGGCACCUGGCAACAAGCACAUACGAAAAAUGGCAGCACUGAUACGCAACGUGCCGCAGCAACGGUUGAUGCUAGACCCGCACAAGUAAACUUUUCGACUGUUGCCAUAGUGCCGGUGUCGGAUGAUGUACCAUUAACUUCCUUUACUUACGAAUUAUAUCAUUCUUUAUGUGCCAUUGGACCCUGUCUUCGUUUAACGUCAGAUGUCGUAAGAAAGACUUUAGGAACGACCAUCAUGGAACCUGCAAACGAAUACCGAUUAACUUCCUGGCUUGCACAGCAGGAAGAUCAGCACAGAAUCUCUUUGUAUCAAUGUGAUUCGAGUUACACGCUAUGGACUCAGCGAUGCGCGAGACAGGCUGAUUGCAUUCUUAUCGUUGGUCUGGGCGAUCGAGCGCCAUCGAUUGGUCGAACGGAACGUGAGAUAGAACGGCUAGUAAUGCGAACGCAGAAAGAACUGGUGCUAUUACACAAGGAACAGAAUGGUCAACGACCAACGAACACCGUUCAGUGGUUGAACAUGAGAUCAUGGGUAUCCAGCCAUCAUCACAUCCAGUGUCCGAAGCGGAUGUUCGCCAGAAGAUCGCUGUACAGAAUUAAUGAAUUAUACUCCAAAGUGCUCACGUCCGAGCCGAACGUACACAGCGAUUUCAGUAGACUAGCGCGAUGGUUGACCGGCACGUCGGUCGGUCUCGUCCUGGGUGGAGGUGGUGCAAGAGGCGCUGCUCAUGUGGGCAUGGUGAAGGCCAUCAUCGAGGCAGGUAUACCCAUAGAUAUGGUUGGUGGUGUCAGCAUCGGCGCCUUUAUGGGUGCGCUGUGGUGCAUGGAAAAGAACAUUACCACUACCACACAAAAGGCUAGAGAGUGGUCUAAGCAAAUGACGCAAUGGUGGCGGCAGAUUAUGGACUUGACUUAUCCGAUGACUUCGAUGUUCUCCGGUAAAGAUUUUAACAAAACGAUACAGCAGACUUUCGGCGACACAUAUAUAGAGGAUUUGUGGCUCCCAUACUUCACUAUAACCACAGACAUCACGGACUCCUGUAUGCGCACGCAUAGACACGGUUUACUAUGGAAAUAUAUUCGCGGCAGUAUGACUAUCGCGGGGGUCUUUCCUCCGAUUUGCGAUCCUCUUGAUGGGCAUCUUUUGGUCGACGGGUGUUAUGUUAAUAACGUGCCAGCUGACGAAAUGUUGCGGCAAGGAGCGCAUCACAUUCUGGCCAUCGACGUCGGCUCACAGGACGACACAGACUUAACGAAUUACGGGGACUCGUUGUCCGGUUGGUGGUUAUUGUGGAAGCGGUGGAAUCCAUUUGCCACACCUGUGAAAGUGCCAAAUCUACCGGAUAUCCAGUCCAGGCUGGCGUACGUGAGCUGCGUGCGCCAGCUGGAGGAGGUGAAGAGUUCGGAUUAUUGCGAGUAUAUCAGGCCGCCGAUCGACAAGUACAAGACCCUCCAAUUUGCCAAUUUCGACGAGAUCAAGGACGUGGGAUACCAACACGGGAAAACGUAUUUCGAAGGUCAAUCAAAAGCCGGAGUUCUGCCUCGAUUCAACGCGGAUCGAGAAAUUGCGAGAGCUUUGCGAGCGAAGUAUCAAGCGGAUAAUCAACAGUCACCCUCUUCAUACACUUUCACCGAUCUCGCACAGAUGGUGUGCAAAGUUUCGCGUGGUAGCCGAUACAUCGAUCUCGAUAUAGAUUCAGAUUCGGACGAACUGGAGGAGUACGAGGCGGACUUGGAAGAAGAUGCGCAAGAAGUAGGAUACGCGUCUGAACCCACUGCCGGUAUUUUAGAUCAGAGCCCUGAGGAUAAUCGCCUGAGACGAAGAACUGGCGUUUCACUUAGUCUGUCUGACACGGAGGCGGAGUCAGAACUAGAGUACCAUCCAAAGAUUUUUUGAAUACCUGUUUUACAAUUAUCGCGAUAUCGUAUAUACUCGUUCAAUGGAAUAAAUUCAACACAAACA